AUGCGUGUCGAGACGGACGUGUUCCUAACUCGACUUGAGAAGCUCUUUGAGAGCGCCAAGGAGAAGAAUUCGGUGUAUAUUACGACCAAGCCAUGUGGUGAAAAAGAAGGUACACAGAGCUCGGUCCUGUUCCGCGUGUCAGAUGGACGAAGCGUAGGCCGUACGCGAUUUAGCACAAUCGUGGCACCAUCCCAAAUCCUUGCAUUCCAGGAGUCGUAUUUGACGAUGCUGCGGAGCAACCUGGCAGGCAUGUUAAAAAAGCGUGACAAGGCCAAGGAGCGCCGUGUGGACAAGCUCCUCGUGGCAUCACGUAAGAAGAUCGAGGAGAAUGGAGGCAAGGUCAAGAUUGGUGGCUCAAAACGUGGCGCUGGUCGCCGGAAACGUAUGCGCGCAGUGAAGCGCGCCCAAAAAGUACGCGCUGCUCGCGCGAAUGCCCAACAGAAUGCUACGUCUACGUCUACAUAG